AUGCCCAGAUCCUUCCUGGUGAAAAAGGUCAAACUUGACGAUUUCCCCUCGGCGGACCUCGAGAAUUCCUACAGCAGAUCGCGGAGCGACUUCAACUCCCGGAUCCAUGACAAGGGUGGCUACAUCAGCGACUACAUCGCGCCGUCUUCGGUGUACGAGGGGGAGGGCGAGAACGGCCUCAAGGUGCCCCCGCCGACGGGCGUCAUCUACCCGGGGACUCAGCGCGACUCGGACCAGGCCGACAGCCCGCACUCGGCCUUGGCCGGGGGCUACAUCAACGGCGACGCGGCGGUGAGCGAGGGCUAUGCGGUCGAUGCCUUCUUCAUCACCGACGGGCGCUCGCGCCGCAAGGCGGCAGUGGUGGGCGGCGGCGGCGGGGCCGGGGCCGGGGGCGCGGGCUCCCGCCUGGGCCAGCCCUCUCCCGCCAGCGGGCAGCCCCCGCCGCCUCCGCCCCCGCCGCAGCGGCACACCUGCAGCGAGUGCGGCAAGACCUACGCCACCUCGUCCAACCUGAGCCGCCACAAGCAGACCCACCGCAGCCUGGACAGCAAAAUGGCCAAGAAGUGCCCGACGUGCGGCAAGGUGUACGUCUCCAUGCCGGCCAUGGCUAUGCACCUGCUGACGCACGACCUGAAGCACAAGUGCGAGGUGUGCGGGAAGGCCUUCAGCCGGCCCUGGCUCCUGCAGGGCCACAUGCGCUCCCACACCGGGGAGAAGCCCUUCGGCUGCGCGCACUGCGGAAAGGCCUUCGCGGACCGCUCCAACCUGCGCGCCCACAUGCAGACUCACUCCGCCUUCAAGCACUUCCGCUGCAAGCGCUGCAGCAAGACCUUCGCCCUCAAGUCCUACCUGAACAAGCACUACGAGUCGGCCUGCUUCAAGGGCGCCGUCCCGCCGCCGCUCAGCCCGCUGGAGGCCUGA